AUGCCUAACUAUCGCCCUUCUGGGACUGACCAAUGGUCUGCUUCUGGAUUUCAGUCUGCUAUCAACAUGCAAGACGCGCAAUCCAAAGAUAUGGAACACCAAUUCGUCUCCGGUAAUCUUGUCGAGCCUGAGGUCUUCCUCACAACAUACCUCCCCGUGCCGGCCGGCCGACCACCCGUGAAGGAGUUUGAAUUCUCGGAGGAUGCCAUUGAUAACGAAGAAAUCUGGGCGCAGGAGGCAAAUACAAUCCCUGGUUGCAAGGAUAUCCUCGAGUUCUUCGACACGCACAACGCGGGCUCACAGUCGGAGGGAGAGAGUCGGCGCCCCGAUCUGACUGCCUUUCUUCUGACUCGGCGGGGCAAGAAGACAACCUUUGACCGUGUUAAUCCGCGUACCAAGAAGACGCUCGUAGACACGAAGUUCAGAGACCUCUUUCGUUGGGCUGCCCUUGUCAUUGAGCGCAAGCUCUCCUCUCAAGAUGGCUGGCGCGACGUCGCGACCGGCACCAAAGAGGGGGUAACGCAAGUCUCGGGGCGCGUGCGCGGACAGCUUAUUUGCUACAACCUCCACCAUUUCCGCGAGCAACCGCGCAUCUUCACCUUCCAACUCCUGCUCAUCAAGCACAUGGCGCGCAUCAUUCGCUGGGACCGCGCCGGGGCAGUCGUCACUACGGCCUUCGAUUGGACGAAGGGCACUGUGCUUUCCGACUUCCUCACCCGCUUCGCCGCUGCAACUCCUGAACAGCGUGGCCUAGAUACGACCGUGCGCAUCGCCACGACCGAUGAGGCUGAGAUGCUGUUGCAAAAGUGCGAGGACGAAGACUUGCCGACACCCAGAGAGCCCUACUGGGUGUACACGGUCGUCGACGACCCUACGCCCGCGUCUGCACGCCAGGAUCCUGCACCAGCUCACUCUAAUAGUCCAAGCCCCACCACAUUGGCCAACGCACUUGACGAGGAGGUUGAACCCGAUCCGGCGCCUGUGCACCCGGCUAUUCUCGAGAGCCGUGAGUUCGUCGUCGGGCGGCCGAUUUCCAACCCUCGCGCAUUUACCGGCAGGACGUCUACCGGCUUUGUUGCGUAUGACAUCGUGGACAACGACCUUGCCUACCUGAAGGAUGCUUGGUACUCCGACGACCCGGACAUUCUCCCCGAGGGUGAAAUCUAUCGCCGCCUUCAACCUAAGCAGGGCGAAGAGAGAUGCAUAUCUAUUCCAACGCUCGUGUGCGCAGGAGACGUGCGGUAUGGCGACGGGAGGCUCCAGAUCACCCUCAGCCAGCUGCAGGUACCGGACUUCUUGAAAGAUAACUCGCGCAUACGUCGUCACACGCACACGCGCACGGUUGUGAGGGAGGUGGGCGUGCCGAUGACGGCAUUCGCGAAAGUUUCCGAUCUCUUCCAGCUCUUACGCGACACCAUCAGGGCUCACCGCUACGCGACGGAGCGCAACAUUCUUCAUCGCGAUAUCAGUCCGGGAAACAUCAUGAUCAAUCGAAAGUACCCAAAUGCGCGCGCCCUUCUCGUCGACUGGGAUCUCGCUUUGGACAUGCUCAAACCGCAAGCAUCAGCUGAGCGGUUUGUCACGGGAACCUGGCAAUUCGUGUCCAUCGUUUUACUCAAUCACGACGAGAACCAUAGGCAUGACGCCGAGGAUGACUUGGAAUCUAUGAUCUGGGUCCUAUACUACUGCCUAGCUCGGUACACGAACCUCGUUCAGGGAGGUGACGCCUCCGUCCAGGAUUUUCUCAACGCGACGUUCGAUUAUAGCCGCAACGUGGCUGCGAAUAAUAAGGCAAAGGCAGAGCAACGGAAGGGACGGAAGGGUGGCGUCGUAAAGAAGGAACUGCUUGAGGAGAUGUUUCGUGAAGCCUCGGCAGACAUGCAACCGCGGAAUACGACGCCGGCUUUGAGGAAUUUCUUCCUUGACAUCCCCGAACCUCUCCUUCACCAUGUCGAUCUUCGCGACCUGCAGCGCACGAUAAAAGCGAAGGAGAAAGAAGCCUCCGAGGACGCAAUCUCCAAACGGUUGCUGAAGCGUUUGGAAGAGGAUUUGGCGAAGCAUAUCGCCAAGGCGAAUGGGAAGACGGCGACAUUUGGCUAUGAAUGGCUUGCAGAGCGUUUUGACGAAGCUAUCGUCGAGAUGCAGAAGGUCGAGUCAACCGCGGCGUCUUCAACCUCUUCUGCAUCGCCGGGGUCAAUGCGUGUGCCCGACCGCCUGAAAAGUAACGACGCUGUAGGCGAGGGUGAGGGCGAGAAAGAGGAAGAGGACGAGGACAAGUCGGGGGAGCAGGCUCCUGAGGCGGCUGAGGAGGAAAGGGUCGUGAGAGUCACCACUCGCGGUAGUUCUAAGCGUGGCUCGACGGACACCUCGACGGAUGAACCCGCGAACAAGCGCGCUACCACGCCGCGCACUCGCAGCGGACGUAGCAACAUCUCGGGAUCAUACCGCAGCGAACUCCAGCCUAUCGAGGACAACUCACCGGUCAAGCCUAAGCCUUGA